AAAUCGAAUCGAAGAUUCGAUUCGAUACAAAAACAUAUUGAGCAUUCGUUUGAACAAUGUUGGUAGCAAGUAUCAGGGUGUAAUGUACCGUCAUGGCGACGUUACCGCCACGCAAAAAUCCAACUCCAACGAAAAUUUUAAAACAACAUUUAACCCCAUUGCAGACGCUAUUACAAUUAGGUUUCCCGAAACAUCGAGCAGAGAAAGCAUUAGCUGCUACGGGACAUCGAGGUGUUCAACUUGCAUCUGAUUGGCUAGUAGCUCAUGUUAGAGAUCCAACUUUGGAUUCUGACAUCCAUAGACAAUAUGUUUUGUACGCUUGUCCAAUAGGUGAAUUAGCAGAGCAACUUAUAAAAUUCUGGUCAGAGAGUAAAGAACUCAUAUGGAAUGGAGCACAUAAUUAUAUGCCACACAUAACUCUUGUAUCAUUUUUUGAAGCACCAGAUGAAUCAACUGAGGAAUUGGUAAAUAUACUUGAGAGUAUAGUUAACCAAGAUGAGUUAUCAGAUAAUAUUGAGUUGGAAACAUACAUUUCUCCUAAUUUUAUGGGGUUGUUUGUUAAAGAAAUAAAUGCAGAAUGGCUGAAGAACAUUGCCAUCCGUUAUGCAAACAAACUUUCAAGUUUGGGCAUUUCUGCAGAACCUCAAAUAAAAUCUUUACAUUUGACAUUGGCCUAUCAGUUUCCUAGUAAUUUAUAUCAACAAUUGCGUUUGAUGGUAGAGAAACUAACACUCACUUGUCCAACUAAUUGGGAACUCAGAUUAUAUUCCAGAGAUUCUAGGCUGCAAAAUGCACAUGUACAUAAAGUGACACAUCCUCACAUGCCUAGAGAACAUGAUGAAUUAGAAUUAAGAGUCGGAGAUUACAUUUACAUUCCAGAAGGGGCAUGUAGUAUAUCUACAGAUGGUUGGAUUGAAGGUAUCUCUUGGCUAACUGGUAUUUCAGGCCAUUUACCUUUGAAUCAUACAAAACGUACAGCUGAAUCGGAUUCAUGGACUUUACAUACUACUAUACAAAUUACUGACAAUAAAAGUGAAAUUCUACAGAAAGAAGAAAUACCUUUAACUCGUAAACCACCAAUAUUGUUAUCAAGUGAUUCCAUAGACAGUCCUGAUGGAGUAGCAACAACUACUGAACCAAUUGAAGUUUCUGAAGUACCUCCAAGUUCCUCAAGACAAAUUUUCAUAUGCCGUCAUGGAGAAAGAGUAGAUUUUACAUUUGGAGCAUGGAUCCGUUAUUGUUUUGAAUCAAAUGGAUCCUAUGUUCGUAGAGACUUGAAUAUGCCAAAGGAAAUACCAUCAAGAAAUAUACAAGACUUUCGAAAUGAUAGUCCUUUAACAACUGUCGGUGAAGUGCAAGCAAGUUUGGUGGGAGAAGCUAUGAAAUCGUCUAGUAUUAAAAUAGACGUGGCUUUUACGUCUCCUUCAUUGAGAUGUAUACAGACGUUAGCUCAUAUUUUAAAAGGAUUAGAUUUAAACAUUCCAAUGAAAAUAGAGCCGGGUCUCAUAGAGUGGUUAGCAUGGUAUCCAAAUGGUGUUCCCAUUUGGAUGACAUCUGAAGAAUUAAUAACAGCAGGUUUUAACAUAGACAAAAAUUAUGACCCAAUUAUUAAAGCAAAAGAUCUUCCAUUAAAAGAAAACGCAGCCCAGUAUUAUGAACGAAGUUAUGAAUUAAUCAAACGAAUUAUUGAAAAUACAGUAGGAAAUAUUUUAAUAGUAGCUCAUGCUGCUUCUUUGGCAGCUUGCACCAGACAAUUAACAGGUGGAAGAGUGCCACCAGCUUCCGAAGUUACGAGAUUAGCACAGAGAGUACCAUAUUUAGCAUGCUUGACGGCACGUGAAGGAUUGGAUGGUUGGCAACUUCAUCCACCUCCUUUUCCUCCUAUAACCCAUACCAGUAAUACCAGAUUUGACUGGAAAGUAUUAUUGUAAAAAAUAAUUAAUUUUUAAAUACAGUUUUUCUCUUUUUAUCAUUUAAAAUACUAAAGUUUAAUCAUAAAAGACUGUACAGAAUGAAUUUUUUGUAACAUUUUAGUUCAUAUAAAGUAUAUUAAAAAGAGAAAAAGUAUUAAAAAGAUUAUUUUCUGGGUUAUUUAUAAUGUACUACAAAAUAUGCCAGUCGUCUAUUCAAAUAAUUAACAUUUGUAGGAUGAUAAAUACGGGUAUUGACUUUUCUAAUUCUACUUUUUUCACAAAGGUAGACCAAGUAGAAUAUACAUUUUUAAAAAGAAUGUAUGAAUUAAUAUUUUGAAAAAGAUAUAUUCUCUAUAGAUUUCGUACUGGAUUUAGGAAAUUUUUAGUAAAACGAUGUGUAGUAUUUAUAACCUUUGCCAGAAAAAUAAUAGUACAUUCAUAAUUUUUGAAAAUGUAUUUAGAAGAUUAUGAAAUUUUAAAAUUUUUUACACUAUGACUUGCUGUAAUUACAUUGUAAAGUUUAUGUGAUUACUUUGUCAAUCUAUUAUUUAUUCAAAUGUUUAUAUCUGCGUGUAUUUUGAAUGUAUUAUUACAUAUACAAAAGUAUAUAAAAUUAAAUAUAAUCAGAUUUAGGAUCUGUUACUAUUAUGUUUAGUAAAGAUUUACUUUGUUACAAAAAAAUCUAUGUGUACGAAAAUUACGGAAAUCAGUAAAUAAAAUCUUUCCACACAUCGCAUAAGCCUAUAAAAUAAUAGUUGGCAUGAAUAAUGUGUGAAGAUAUAGAAGUACAAAAUCAAUGUAGAAAAAUAAUGUUAUUUACCAAAGAAAUAUAUAAAAUGUUAUUUCAUUACAA